AUGCUCGGUUUAAAUGCACAUAAUGUUUCCGUCGAGGCUCUCAUGCUAAAGAUUGUCACGUUACAGAUUUAGUCCAGUAGGUGGCGAUACUUAAACCGUUGAUUCUAGAAAUGCUGUUAACAGCAAGAGAAGAAGAAUUUUAAGAUUCCGCGGAAUUGUUUGGGUUCAAAUAAGUAUAAACCGAUUUCUUUUGUAUGCUCUUUAUUUGUCAUCGGAGUGGAAAUGCAUUUUAACAAGUACAAAGAUAAACAUCAUCAAGAGUCGAAUUUGUCGUCUUCUUUUAUUAAUGUCAUGUCUUUAUUACAGCUCCCAGUGAUAAAACCCUGGUAAUGGCGUCUAAAGAGAAGAAGGAAAACAUAAGAAUGGGCAAACAGACGGCAACAGUGUACGCAGCAAAGAUAAAGACUAAAAUACACAAUACCUCAUCAUUCUUCAAGCUUUCUUUGAAAGGCAACAACAAGGCUCUGGCUCUGGCUCUUGUCGCUCAGAAGCAGAAGAGCAGAGAGCUGGAGGCAGAGGUGGUGCGUCUGAGGAAAGAUGCGCAGACAACUCAUUUUGAUCUCGCGCAUCAGCGUCAUAAAAACAAACAACUGUUUGGAAUUAUACGAGAGUUUUAUGACUCUUCCCUAAACUGGAUGACAAAGGCAGUUGACAUCUUUUGUAAUGAUGAGGAUCCAGACAGUAUGGACUUGGAUCACAACACCAGUGAAGACCAAAUCAUUGAAAUGGGAGAAGUUGAGAGUUUGCAAAACAGACCUUUGUGUCCACAGCAGGAUCAUGUUCAGUCUGAACCAGUGAAUUCAGCCGGUGAUGCUCCCAGCCAAGAGAGAGAUAGUCCAGCACAGCAAAACACCAUAUAUGACUCUGAAAUGGAGAUGACCGUUAGUGACAGUGCUGCUGAAAUAGUAACAGUUGAAACAAAUACCAGAAAAACCUCUAGAGUUACAGAAGAACACCAGGAAAAGAAGGAUUUGUGUCUAUCAGAAAAAGGUAGUGAGUUUAUAUCUGCGAAGGAAGACUCACCAGUUGAAUUUAAUAGAUUAGAAUGUACAUCAGCUGUGCCAAAAGAGAUGACCGCUGUCACACAGCAGUGCUCUCCCACUGUUCAGAGCGAGGUGGAGAAUGAGCAGCAAAUGGAUUCAAUAACUGCACGCAGGAAGACUCAUGUCACCUCUCGUUGUACUAAAAGUAGCAGACGCACAUGUAAACUGAAAGAAUCAAACCCAGAUCCAAGAAAAACGUAUUCGAUCUCCCAAGAUCCUCCUAAUGACAUUUUUAAUGAUUGUUUUAGUGAUCCUGAGCUUCAGAAUUUUGAAAGAAGCAAUGCAAUUCCUUCACAUGGAAAUAUUUCAAAUAAAGCUGCUAAAAGCAAAGCUAAAGAGUCCCAUGCUACCCGGGAAACCAGGAGAACAAUUAUAGAUCAAGUUGAGCUGAGACCUCAGAAGAGCAGGAAGACCAAAGUCUUGUCCCUUACGAUAGAUCACAGUUUAUCAGAUAUGCAUGAAAAUGUUCAGUCUGCCGGUACUUUAUGCCCAGAGGCUGCUUGUACGGAUGUCCAUGUCGGUGAGACUGCAGUUCAGAAACAUAAAAACAAAACUCCAGCACACCCUCUUCCUCAGUCUGAAAAGUGCAAGACACAGAAAAACAGAGGAACAUUUGUGAUACAGGCAAGUCAAUCAUUAAUCAACAGGAAUUCAUUUUUGAAUGAAACCGAUAUAUUAGAAGAUCCCAACAGACUGGAAGGUUUACAGGAAGUAAUAUCAGAAACCCAAACAGUACCUCUCACUAUUGGUUCAAAUAAUGUUGCACAACAGCACAAGGAGCCAGAGCAUGAUUUUCAUGAGAUAUUGACAGAAAACACCUAUCAUCCAGAAUGUUCACAAGAUGUGAAUGCCAGCCUUGUACAGGAGCCCUCUGAAUUUAUGUCAUCAGUGGCUAGCAAAGCCAAAAAACACAGAAAAGAGGGGGCAGAUAAAAUAAAAAAGAAGAAAGCUGCGGCUGCACCAAGAGAAAAACCUAAAGCAUUAACAAAGAAACGAAAAAGUUGUGCUGUGAGUGUGGAUGAAAACGUGUUGACUAAAAGGCAAGAUGAGACUGAUCUUCAGAAUGGAGCAGGAUGCAGGUCUUUGUCUAAUACUUUACAGCUACCAGUAAUAUCGCAUUGCUCAGCCUCAAAGGAGGACCUCAGGGAUGAACAUAAUGCUGAAACCCUUGAAAUAAGUUCCCCCUCCUCUGUUGACAAGCUAGAUCAGACUAACCAUAUCAACGUGGACUCUAUUAGCUUAAAUCUGGAUCAAACCAGCCAAGCUCUUGAGGGCAGGUGCAGGAAAACAUACGUUGUUUCAUCUUGUGAUGAAUCACCCCUUAAGGAAAAUACUGACAGUGGGGCUUCCAGCAACAUUUCCGAACAUGAUCUUUUUACUAAUGAAACGGAUAAUGUUUCACCUGUUAUGAACAGAAGCAUCUUUGUCAUGGAAAAAUACAAUGUGACUUCAGAUGGUUUUAGUGGACACACAAAAGACCUUCAGUUCACAGAAGAGAGGCCUCCCUGGGAGACCAUUGAUGGUUACACUGAAGCACUCUUAGAUGAAAGCUCUGCCCACAGCCCUCAACCAGAGACCCGCUGUCAAACUAUGAACAUUUACCAGGACCAGGACUCAGACUUGAGGCACCAAGCUCCAGAAGAAGGCAGGGUUAUGAAGAGUCUAACAAAUACAGGGCAUAACUCUGAUUGUGGGAGAACACGAAGAAGAGCAGCACCAGUCUCCUACAAAGAACCAACCCUCAACUGCAAGAUGAGGCGUGGGGACAAAUACUCAGAUACAAAAUUCUUAAACUCUCCGGUGUUCAAAGACAAAAAGAAGAAGAAACGAGUUUAAGAGUGAUUUUCCUAUUUAUUGAUUUCAGACUUUCCUUUGGUUUUUCAUUUUAUUUUAUUUUGUCUUUUUAUGUAAUGUAAAAGUUUCAGAUGGAUUUUAAAGUAAUUGUUUUUAAUCACAGCUGUUAACUUGCCUUCAGAUCUCAGCUAUUUCAUUCUUGUGUGUAUAUUUUAUAGGAA